AUGAUGGACAAUUGUUGGGAUAAUAUGUUGAGUGGGAUGAUUGAGUUUUGUGUUGGUAGACAUAUUUUAUUACCCAAUAUGGAGGAUAUUGAAGUAUUGAGAGGUCAACCUAGUCUUGCAGCUCAGCAGGUGACUUAUUAUCAUCGCUUUUAUGUUGAUUUGUAUUGUCAUGUGAUAAACUCAAUCGUGCAAGAGUUGAAUGAUCGUUUUCCAAAGACAAUUAUUGAGUUCCUUACUUGUAUUUCAUGUUUUAAUCCAACAGCCUCAUUUGCAGCUUUUGAUAUGGUUAAAUUGCUACAAUUUGCUCAAUUCUAUCAUUUGAACGUCAACGAUGACGAUCUAUUAUUACUCAGAUCUCAAUUUGACAGGUUUCUUAUGCUUUUGAGAAGGGAUGAAGCUUUAUUGAAUCUUAAUAGCAUAUCUUGUGUAACUCAAAAAUGGAUUUGUGGAGAAAAACUUGAAUGGCUCAAUGCCGAGGCGUCACCUCAGCGGGCAUUGGACCGCCCCACCGAAGAAUCUCUAGGAUUUGUGAUAUAUUCCUUGUAA